CCCAGCGAAAUCGAAAGAGUUUGUGACAUGUUUCACUGUGACUUUGGUCAAGCCUCGAAUUUGAUCUCACGCAGUCAAAUUUGAACUCCAGUCCUGUUACUUACGGAUUCACGCAGGAAUUUUAAAAACAAAGAUCAUCAGACAUGUCUGCAGGAACAUGCAUAUUUCUUUGUUCGAUUCUGCUGCUUGCUGGCGUCUUUGUGUCCGUGUGUGCAGAGGACAAAAGCAUCACAGUUCAGUCUGGACAGAACGUCAUUCUACCAUGUCAAGCUCCAAAUGAUAAGGGUUCCAUCAGAGUGGUAAAGUGGACCAAACCUGACCUACAAAAGAAAAUAGUACAUUUGUAUGUGGAUCGGCGAUUUGAUCUCGAGGAUCAGAAUCCAUCUUUUAAGAACCGGGUGGAUCUGCGGGACAGAGAGAUGAAAAAUGGAGACGUGUCUUUGAUUCUGAACAAUGUGACGAUUAAUGAUGCAGGAACAUACGAAUGUAGUGUUAUCCAGAAAAAAGACCUCAGCCCUUCCACCACUACUAUAACUCUUGACCUGAGAGUUAUUAAUUCUAAAGGUCAGACAUUCCUACCAGUAGGACGAAGUGUAAGUGGCUCUGUUGGACUGGUCAUUGGUCUGUAUCUUCCCGUUGUGCUUCUCGUUGUUGCUUUUGUUUUUUAGCUACAGAAAAUUUAAAGAAAUCAGUGAGUGUUCAAACCAACCUCAGUUUUUUUUGUUAAUGAAAACAAGAAAAGAAAAAUGAUCUGAGGACAGACGGACAUUAAAGAUGGGGAACAUUCAGCUGCAGAUUUCAAACAUCUAAAAUUUUAAUUUCUUUCACAUCUGUUGGACUGAUUGUUGGUCUGACAGUUUCUGGUCUGCUUCUUCUGGCAGUUGUUUUGUUUCAUCCACAGAAGAUAUAAACAACAACAAAAUCAGGGUCCAUUCCACCCUUCUGCUGGAAAGUAGUAGGUUGACAUUUUUCCAGAGAAAGGAAGAUGAUAAGAUGACAGACAUUUUAAUGCUUAACAUCCAGCAGGCCAUAUCAAAUGUUAAGUUCUUGAUUUGAUUUUACAUUUUAAAUGUUCAGUUUCUUGUGGUUCCAUCUGUUGGACUGACAGUUGGUCUGUCUGUCUUCUUUUUACUUUUGAGGGGUUAAAAGAAAUGAGUCAGAAUCUACACGAGCUCCCCAGAGCAGAGUAAAAUGAGUUGGCUGAGUUAGUCAUAAAAAGAUCAACAUUCUAAACCAACCACUUUGAAAACAGUUUAUUUUGUUCCUGCUAUACUUUUUUGUUUUACAUUUCUAAAUUAUGAUUAUCUGACUGUCAAGAAGUCCUGCACUACAAUCCACUAAAGUCUCAUUUUCAUUGUUCCUGUCUAUAAAAAGCAGGAAAAAUCCAUAAAUAUGUUUAAACAUUUAUGCUCCAGUACUAAAACAGCCAGUGUUCAAACCAAGCUCAGUUUUAAUGAAAACAAAGAUGAUCUGAGGACAGACAGACUUUAAAGAUGUUGAACAUUCAGCUGCAC